CGGUGCUUAACCUUAAUGGGUAAGAAAAAGCCAAGAACAUGAAUCGAAUCAAAAUCGAAGCGGUCCUUCCUUGGACGGAAUCACUCAUUCACUCACAGAUGAACAGCAACCUUUUCCCUGCAAUCCUACUCGCACAAACAUUAACGCUGCUGCUCUUGCUCCCAAUAAUCCCAUCCAUGGCCGCCCCCCCUUCAUCUGGUUCCUCUUCAUCUGAACCCAAAGUUCACAUCAUCUAUACUGAACGUCCCGAAGGCGUGGAGCCGGAAGCCUACCAUAUCCGGACCCUCACCUCUGUUCUUGGCAGCGAGGAUGCUGCAAAGGAGGCUCUGUUGUACAGCUACAAGCAUGCUGCAAGUGGAUUUUCUGCUAAGCUGACUGCCGACCAGGUCUCUCAGAUUUCGAAACAACCGGGUGUUCUUCAGGUUGUCCCGAGCCAAACUGUCCAGCUGCAUUCUGGACAGGGGAUGAAGCAAGUCUAAAUGACCAGUGGAAUGAAUGCUGCUAUGUGCUAAUAAAAUCAUGUUCUUCAUUUCGUGAGACGAGACUAUAUGCUGUUUAGUAUAGUAGGCGUGAGAUCGAAACAUGUUUAAAUAAAACAAAAUAAGAUGGGAUUGAGUCGACUACAAUGUAUUGCACUGCUGAAUAUGUAAUGAAGUUUGCUACUUUGUACUA